GUCACCUCUGCUAGGAUGGAGGAAAACGAAUUGCUAUCAUGCUGAAAAACGAGGGAUCCCGACAACUGAGCAUCAUAAACCGGCACACUUAGACAUAAGUCAUCGUUUAUCUUCACCGCCGUAUCGUUUCUGUAACAUCUUGCCAAAAUGAUGGAAGAAAUCGACCGGUUCCAAGUCCCUCCAGUCAACGGAGAGACACAGCCUUUGGACCCAGCAGCGUCCUCCACCUCGGAGGCAGACCCGGACACAAAGGGAGAGACUGUGGCCAUGAACUACAAGCCCUCACCUCUGCAAGUCCAAAUAGAGAAACAGAGGGACCUUGCCAGGAAGGGAUCAGUGAAAAACGGCACCGUGGGAAGUCCUGUCAAUCAACAACCAAAGAAGAAUGCCAGGACAAGGUUGGUGGUGCCAAACAAAGGCUACUCCUCUUUAGACCAGAGCCCAGACGAGAAGCCCCUGGUGGCACUGGACACCGACAGUGAUGACGACUUCGACAUGUCCAGAUACUCCUCAUCAGGAUACUCCUCAGCCGAGCAGAUCAACCAGGACCUGAACAUCCAGCUCCUUAAGGACGGGUACCGGCUUGACGAGAUCCCGGAUGACGAGGACCUGGAUCUGAUCCCCCCCAAAGCGGUCAACCCUACCUGCAUGUGCUGCCAGGCUGCUCCCUCCACAGCUUGUCAAAUCCAGUAGCACCAUUCCCUGUCCCCCCUCCCCAAAAAAAAAAAGUCUCCUGCCUGCCACCUGCACUGAGGCAAACUACUGACCAGAGUGGCAGCACGGGAGAAAAACUGGCGAUGGCACAAAGGGAAAAUAAGGGUUUCUAAAGGCGAAAGAAGAGAUGGAGAUAGGUCAAGUCUUGAGAAAAGAGUCAAUAUGUACAGUAUCUGUGCACGUUCCUCCUAUGGUAGGAUCUGUGCACCUUACUUCUGCAUUGUUGGUUCAGCGAAGCACUCGACUGUUGGCAGAAACUUUACCUCUAAGGAAAACAUGUUACUUUUGCUUCUCCCUUGUUUGACUUCCAUCUCAUGCUUGUGGAUUUAUUGGUUUACAUGGACCAUAAAGGAUUGCGCAGCGCUGUGGAAGAAUAUAAACAAAAUUGUACGACAGCAACUGUUUGAGCAAAACACCUGAAAUAAGGACAAGGGGACAUUACCGUGCAUCAUCCAUGGAAUCUACUUCUUCUGCUGGUGUAUCGUCGGUCAAUGUACAAGAAGAGAUUGGAAGUCUUGUGAUGGCCAUUGUUUUCUCUCUCAUUUCUUUGCUCUCUCAUUGCUUCAUCUCCUUGUGUAUACGUGUCAAACAUGACAAAGACGUGCGUGUGUCUAAAUAUGUCCAGGAGAAUAGUGCUAAACCAUCAAGCUGCUGACAAAACGCUAUGCUUACGCUAAGACAUCAAGUCCAGAUUUUCAUUUUAAAGUCUGUGUUACACCCAGCUUGUACUGCUUGAUCGUUUCAUAUUCAGUUAAAAGAAGCUGAAAACAAAUAGUUUUGCAUGUUGCCUGCUAACACUGUGUCCUAAAGACCAGCCUGUGCAGAUAUAUAUUUUUUUUUUACUGACCCCUGAACACAUCCUUGUGCCGAUGAGACAUUAUGUGAGGCGUGCUUUUACAAACAUUUAGGUCAGGUUAGUAAUAGUUAGGUUCACCCUCUGUAAUAUCAGUAGAUAUAGAGAAACAGUCGAACUAAUGGCAGAACAGCUCACAAGUUAGUGUGUACGUCCUCUGUGUUUGUCUAUGUUAGCCCCGACAUGAGUGGAUGUUUAAAAGGAUCACAAAGGCAGUCACCACCAGUGAAUGUGGCUACGAACAAAUUCAUACUCUCGAGGGAAUAAAUUAAUUGAUAAAAUGCUUAGAAUAUGUGCGGGUACAUAGAAAGUUGUGCAACUUUGGUCACACCUGUUGCAGGCUCUGAAGAAUGUUUAUGAAGGGAUUUCAUAUCGCUCGUAUGGAAAUGAAAUGGGAUUUUUUUUGCUAAUCAAGCAAAGUAUAAAAUGCUUUCUUGUCUUUAUACUUUAAGUCGUGAGUGUUUUUGUUUUGUAUGGUUGUACAUUUGUGCAUAUUCCCCUUGAGUUUUAAUAUAACCAAUUUGUCUGAUUUGGGGACGAGAACUGUAUAUGUAGCACCGGACACAGCUGUGUAUUGUCACUGCUUUAUGCCAAUAGACGUUUGCCCUGAUGUUGGAAAGGAAGUAGUCCUUGCUGUUAGGAAGUACUAAACGCAUACUGUUGAUUUUACAUGUUAACGUCCAUAUAAAGAUGUCUGUAGAGCUCUACAGAUAUCAGGUACUUUCACCUGCAUGUGAAUCUGCUCUGAAACAAAUGGCGGAGGAGGAUCAGGCUGGGUUUCCCAAAAACACAGCAACAAUGCCAGGUUUCGCCUCCACGAUCAUGCACAUUGUAUGAAAUGCCUAAAACCUAGGUACGCUCUUAUCCAGCUGAUGGGAACGAUGGCUGGUUGUAUGUGUGCACUUUACAUUCUCGUGUUAACAUUCAGAAAACUGAAUGUUUGCUCACAGAGGAUUUGCGAUCAGGAUAUGGAGUUAUGUCUGAAAUACUGUGUGAACACUACUACUACUAAUACUACUCUGAACAAUCUUACUUUGCUUUAUGGACAUGUUGCAGUGUUUUUGGGAAACUUUGCAUUAAUCUUUCAACUUUCUGUAAUUCACUGAAUGGACAUACAGUGUAUAACAUAUGACUCCGAAUGACUGCAUACUGUAUGUCUGUAAAUACUGUAUGUGGAGAGUAAACAGCUAAAACCUACUUGGAAAGAGAAAACAAAAUGCCAUUUCUGUCUAUGAACCUGUAAGAGGGCAUUUCCUUUCUCAUCUCACUGCUAUACCUGAUUAACAGCCUCAAUAUUUCUACAGAAAUUGAGUCGCAGAAGUAAGCAUAAAAAAAAAAUUACAUUUCAUUUCCAAAUAAGGUGCCAUGUGUGUAGAUAAUUAAAUGACUUGCAUAGUCAUAGUAGAAAAAAGACCUGAGCAGUACAGUAGGUCAGGUAAUAUGUCACUAAUGCAGCUUUUAGCUGAGGUGUGUGUAGGACCUGUAGCUGUGCACAGUAAACAUUAAUCCUGAGGGACUGACGGUGUGGUUGACUAUGGUGCUGAUGUCUUUUUUUUUUUCUAUCAUCAUCCUAAUAGAUUCACUGGCCAUCUUCUAUUGAGUGCACUACUUCUGGCCAAUGUCGUCUCACCUGGGGAGUCUAAAGUAAUGCAUUGUAACACAAGUUAUUUAUUUGCAGAUGUGCAUUUUUUAUUUAUUUUUCAAGAAUGGGAAAUAAUGCCGACGGAUGCUUUUUGUUUGUCAGGUGCUUAUUAUGAUUGUGAACUGGUUCCAUUUAGAUUUUAACAGUGUUAAAAGUUCUGUGUAUAGUGCAACAUAUCAGAAAAUAAA